UUCGCACUACUCCUUAGUUUUUAAAAAAAAAAAAAAAUAGGAGCUAUUUAAAUGGGUAACGCUGAUACUAAGUUGAAUUUUAGGAAGGCAAUAAUUCAAUUAGCUAAUAAAAACCAGCCAAUCAAACCAGAAGAUGCUUUUUGGGAGCAAUUUUGGGCUGAACAUCAGACAUCAGUUCAAGACGUUUUCGCACUUGUAACAUCUAAUGAAAUAAGAAAACUACGUUUGGAACAACCAGAAAAUUUGGCAACAUUAUGCUACAAAGCAACUGAGCGAAUAGUAAAAGCAGUUGAUAAUAGCUGUAGAACCAGUACAGACCAUCAGGCAGUUUUAAAUUGUACAAGACUGCUCACACGUAUCAUUCCAUAUAUUUUUGAAGAUAAUGAGUGGAAGGAUUUUUUCUGGUCGUCACUACCUUCAAACGAUAAAAAUGACUCAACACCAUUAGCUCAAAGCUUAAUAAAUGCAAUUUGCGAUUUGCUAUUUUGUCCUGAUUUUACUGUUACUGCAACAAACAAAAAAUCGGGUCCUGAUAAGGCUGAAGAAUUAGCCAAUAUCGAUAGUUGUGAGUACAUUUGGGAAACUGGAGUUGGUUUUGCAAGUUCAAUUCCGAAAAAUAGUCAAAUGGAAUCUAAAAGAUGUGAACUAUUAAAGCUUUUACUAACAUGUUUGAGUGAAACAAUUUAUAGACCGCCGAAUAUCAAUGAUAAUCAGCCAAAUAGAUGGAUUCAAUAUUUUACAAGUGCUGAAAAUCGACAUGCACUGCCGCUUUUUACAUCUCUACUCAACACUGUCUGUGCUUAUGAUCCUAUCGGGUCAUUCGGUGUUCCUUACAAUCAUUUACUUUUUCAAGACUUUCAAGAACCUCUUGCAGAAGUUUGCUUGCAAUUAUUAAUUGUAACAUUAGAUCAUGAUGUCAUAACAUGCAGUACUCCAUCACCAAAUUCGUCGGUUAUUUCGUCAUCAUUGCAUGCUGAGGAGACUGUAAUAGAUAAUUUAUUUAUCAAUUACUUAUCGAGAAUUCAUCGAGAUGAAGAUUUCAGUUUUAUGCUGAAAGGAAUAACGAGACUUUUAAAUAAUCCUUUGGUGCAAAGCUAUUUGCCUAAUUCUACUAAGAGACUUUAUUGUCACCAAGAGUUAUUAGUAUUUUUUUGGAAAAUCUGUGACUUUAACAAAAAGUUUCUCUAUUUUGUGCUCAAGAGCUCCGAUGUUUUGGAUAUUCUAGUUCCAAUUUUGUAUCACUUAAAUGAUUCACGUGCCGAUCAAUCUCGAGUUGGACUGAUGCAUAUUGGCGUGUUUAUACUCCUUUUAUUAUCCGGAGAAAGAAAUUUUGGUGUGAGACUUAACAAACCAUAUGUAGCAACCGUUCCUAUGGACAUUCCUGUUUUCUCUGGAACCCAUGCUGAUUUAUUGAUAACUGUUUUUCAUAAAAUCAUAGCUACUGGACAUCAACGUCUUCAGCCAUUAUUUGAUUGCUUACUUACAAUUUUAGUAAAUGUUUCUCCUUAUUUAAAAACUCUCUCGAUGGUUGCAGCAAUUAAACUAUUGCAUUUGUUGGAAGCUUUUAGUACACCUUGGUUCUUAUUUAGCUCCCCAUCAAAUCAUCAUUUAGUGUUUUUCCUUUUGGAAAUUUUCAAUAACAUAAUUCAGUAUCAGUUUGAUGGAAACUCCAAUUUAAUUUAUACGAUUAUACGAAAGCGACAAGUGUUCCAUACAUUAGCAAACAUUCCAACUGAUAUGAAUUCGAUUAAUAAAUGUUUAAAUAGUCGUAAAAUGAGUGGACGAAUUCAGAAAACAGCAAAUUUUAUGAAAAAAUUAGAGCAAAAUAAUUAUAAUGACGAUAAUGACGAGGAGUGUGAGAAUGAAAAUGAUAGUGAGAAUAUUGGGCAUUUAGCGGAAAUAACAGAACCAAAAAAAAUUGAAUCUGAAAUUAUUGGAGAAGCAAGUGAUGAAGAUAUGAAGAGUGAUGGUCAAGACGUACUGCAGCCAGGGAGCAAACCAGCAGAACCUUGUCUCCCGGGUACUUUAAAUGCUACUCUUCUUGAAACACCAGCAAUUAAUCAAAUGACAGAAAAAGAAUCGGCUCAUCCUAGUCAGCAACUUCUCAAUGAUAUAACAACAAAUACUGAACACACAUCUACACCAAUUACUGAAAUAACCAAUGGUGAAACUGACAUUGAUCUUGAUGAUAAUGAAAAUAAGAGUACAACUCCUAUUAAGAGCCCGACCCAGGCAUUUAAACGCGCAAUAAAUACAAGAGGGAGCAUUCGUGUAACUCAAAAUAUAGCUCAGAACAAUCAAAUCAUUUGGAGAGCUAAUUCAGAGUGGGUUCAGUCUUGGCGAGCUAAAUUACCACUUCAAACUAUCAUGCGACUCUUACAAGUUUUGGUUCCGCAAGUGGAAAAAAUUUGUAUUGACAAGGGUUUGACAGAUGAAAGUGAAAUUUUGAAAUUUCUGCAACAUGGUACAUUAGUUGGACUUCUUCCAGUUCCUCAUCCAAUUUUGAUAAGAAAAUAUCAAGCAAACAGUGGAACAACCGCCUGGUUUAGAACGUAUAUGUGGGGCAUAAUUUACCUCAGAAACGUCGAUCCGGCUAUAUGGUAUGAAACAGAAGUAAAACUUUUUGAGAUUCAAAGAGUAUAAUUAUUUUCUCCAAAUAAAACAUUUUUUAAUUAUUAUUAUUUUUGUUCACGGUUCUUUCACAAAUAAUUGUUUAACGCAUUAUCGCUUGAUGGAUUAU